AGCAUACAUAAUCUUGACAUUUUAUUAAUUAGUCUUGUUACAGCUACAACUUUUACAAGUUCAUUAUAUACACCUUACCAUGUUACUGUAAUUUCAUAAAUCUGCACUGUAUCUUCUGCGUGGAUACGUACACGUCUAGCGGCGGAUGCUCAAGCACCAUCGAUAAACAAGCAAGCAGCUUGGCUCUGGGGAUGGAAUACGUAUCAAUUUCCUAAAUUGUACUUCAAAUCGACCAAAGCGCGACUUAUUGUUGCACUUUUUUCCAGACUUCGAUAAAGGGCAAGACAGGCAUGUGGUCACCUUUAUACGUGACUCUAGUUCAAUCGACAAUCGUCAAUGCCAUUUCCAACAUAUUGGCACAGAUCAUAGAUCAAUGGAAAUCUACUGAACCCUUCAAAUUAAACCUCGCGGCACUCAUUCAAUUCGUCACUUAUUGCAUUAUCAUCGUGCCAAUCAAUUUCUACUGGCAGCGAUGGAUGGAAGCUCAUUAUCCAGGCUUCCCAACUUCACUUAGAAGAUGGUUCUCAUCUUCCUCCUCAUUAUCAUCAUCCUCGACCAAUCCUAGAGCAGUCGACAGUCAGCCCAUCCUAAUCCCCAUGGAGGAACUAGCCGUCAAAGAAAAAAGCAUAGAGAGCGUUCAGUCCUCCUCUCAGUUCUGGCGCUGGACUUCGUCUUCCAGCAGGAAGCCAGCAUCUGCAGCACCUAGUACCAGCAGAAAUAACGGCACGCGGAAUUUCAUCAUCAAGUUCAUGCUCGACCAGACCGUCGGGUCUGUGAUGAAUAUCUGGUUGUUCAUUGUACUCAUCAAUAUCUUGAAAGGGAAUACGUUGGCGUUUACAGCUACACGGGUUCGGGAGGAUAUGCCCGAUAUCAUGAUCGCCAGACUGAAAUACAGACCUGUGGUAGCAAGUCUGAUGUAUACGGUGAUACCGGUUGAUCGACGGGUGGUGUUUGGAAGUGCGUGUGGGGUUAUAUGGAGUAUAUAUUUGAGUCUACAUUCACUUUCGAGAUAAUUAUCCAUGUCACUCUUCGUGUUUUUCUUUCAUACUUUUUUGGGGGCAUUGAUAGGCGUUUGUCUACAUUUUGGUUUUAUUUUUGAUACCAUGGUUGUCUAGCACUGUCUUCAUCUGUGAUGUUUAUGUAUGAUAGAAGUCGAAUUUGAUAACUAAUACAAUCCAUUUU